GUCUAUUGUUUUAUUGAAGGACAAAUCAGCAUGAGUUUAAUGUUGAUCGAGUCUUGGUUACCAAGGCUCAGAAUGAAUCAGGAAGUCUGGUGGUAUAAAUAUAGUGACCAAGCAGAUCAUUAGAUGUCGUGUUCGUGAUGGUCGUCAUUUGCAGUGCCAAAUGAAACCAUACCUAGACCCGUAAUUUCAUCCGAUUGUAUAAAAGAAGGCACUGAUGUAGAUAUAAAACCUGUCUUCUUCUAUUUCGCGUAUAUCACUUCGCGGCAAGCUUUACGACGCAGUGAAGUGAGCAUUUAAGUGAAAUAAACGAAUAAAAUUGAAGACGAGCAAUAUACAGAAAUGGCCCAAGAGACACCGGCAUGGCUGAAUGUAUGCUUCGUGGAGAAGAUCCUGCGAAAGUCGGAAGGCGACAAUUCGAUCCAGGUGAUCGAUAUAUUCUCGAAACCGGCCACCGCCAAGGGUGACAACUAUACCAGCGACAUGAUCAGGGUUACUGCCGAAUUUUCUCGUGACCAAGGCCGUAAAACAGAGAAAAAAUCAAUCAUCGUCAAAGUCUCGCCUAUAGUCGAAGGUGUUCGACAGGAACUUAUCGAACAAUCAGGUAUCUUUAAAGUCGAGAUAUUGAUGAUGUCAGAUACCUUGGAUAAAAUGAAUAAAUUGUUAGGGCCGAAGCACCGCAUAAGCGGGAAGGGCCUGUAUGUACAAAAUGCAAAUCCAACGCUUCUAGUGAUCGAAGAUCUCGCACCUCUCGGCUUUCGCAUGGCCGAUCGUCUAGCUGGUCUUGACCUAGCUCAUUGCAUAUUGGCGCUUCGCGGAAUAGCCAGGUUUCAUGCAGCCUCCGUAGCCUUAUGCGAGAAGGAACCAAACCAAAAAACGAUGUAUAAUCAGGGAGGAAUGUUUAGCGAUCAGCAUCCGCCAGAAAUGGGAGCUUUCUUCACUAUGAGUGUUAAAGGUUUAGCAGAAGAGAUUGCAACUUGGCCAGGAAUGAAAAAAUACGCGGACAAAAUAGCUAAACUCACUGACGAGAUAUAUCAAAUAGGGAUAAAUGCAGCCAAGAUGUCUGAGGAUGAAUUUAAUGUUAUUAAUCACGGUGAUAUGUGGGUGAACAAUAUGUUAUUCAAAUAUGACAAUGACGGUAAACCUGUUGAACACAUUUUUGUGGACUUCCAAAUGUGCGUCUAUACAUCGCCGGCACUCGAUCUCCUCUAUUUUAUCAGUACAAGUCCUUCCCCGGAUAUCAUUGAAAACAAGAGAGAUAUUUUAUUAAACGAAUACCUUGGCACCUUGUCGGCAACUAUGGCGCAACUAAAUUGCAAGACACAGCCGCCCACUAUGGAAGAAUUGAAGGCUACCAUGAAACGAAGAGCUAGCUAUGGAAUGAUAGCAUCUUUCUCGGUUUUACCGAUGGUGCUGUGCUGUAAGAGUGAAGUGAAAGAUUUGGAUGAGUUAAUGAGCAAGGAUAAUUUUUCAAAUCCAGGUUUUAAGAGCGAGAGUUAUAAAAAAUUAAUGAUGAAAAGACUACCGCUAUAUGACGAGUGGGGUUUACUGGAUCCCUAAUGUAUAUUUGACCUUUAGUGAUCAAGAAAUAAAAAUAGAAAAUAGAAAUCUAGAAAAGGAAUAAAAGAAACAUGAAUAAUCAUAGUAAAUAUAUUAAAAUUAAUAACAAUAGACGUGGAAUCUUGAUCUUUUUUCCAAAAAGGAGCCAUUAUAGAAUUAUCAUACUGUGACAGAACAUUUAAUUUAAAAAAUUAUUUUUUCAUAACAUAGUGUUUCUAUUUUUUGACUCAUUAAAGUUUUAAAAUAAAUCGCGAUCUUCAUAUUAUACCAAUAUAUUAGUGAUAACGGUAUAAAUGUACUUUAGAUACUGUCUACAUAACAAAACAAAAUGCACUCUUAAUUCGGCAUAUAUUAACGAAAAAUUAUGUUUUUAAAAUCAAUGUAUAUAAAUGUUAUUCUAUGACAAUAUCAAUGCAAAAAUAAUGUACACACUAGUUAAAAUGCAAAAUAAAGAAUUUUAGAUUGUAUUUGAUAUGUAACAUGCGUAUAAAGAAAUUGAAAAAAUUUUGCAAUAAUAUUAUAAAGACAAUUAUUUAUAGUAUUUAAUGUUUUAUAUAAUAUACUAGUCAGGAAUUUAUUUUAUAUUAUUAUCUGUGUUUUUAGAUCAAUUCUUAGACAUUAAAAUUCCUGUUAAAAAAAUAUAAACAAUGAUAUUAUAGUAAAUCAGCAAUCUAUAUAAUAAUAGAACAAACUAUGAUCAUGGGAAUAUCGUCGUCUUUCCAAUAAAAUUGUAUAAAUAAAAAAUGCCAUAGAAAAAAAAUUACAUAAAAGUUAAUACAUAAAAGUCUUGAGAUGUGUGUAUGUGUGUGUGUUGUAUAUUUGAAAUUGUAAGAAAUUCUAUAUACAUAUAUACAGAAUUUAAGAUUAUUAUAAUUAUAUCAAGAAAAAUCUGAGUAUUACGACAUUAUAUAAGAAAACUUAAUUAUUCCCUUUAAUAGCUUUUUAAUUAACUUUUACUUUCUGCUUUGCUAUACGAAGUUACAAAAUACUUCCUUUUACGAUGCAAAGUGAGAAAUUAUAUAAUGGUUGACCUCGUUGACUCAGAUUAACAUAAAUUACUUCAAUUACAGAUCACAUUAAAAAACAUGAAAGAUUCCACAUUCUAAUAUCAUUGAUAAACUUGUUGUAGUUUCUUAUAUAUAAAUUUAAUGUAAAGAUCUUCA